GGGUUUUCCUCAAAAUCAGAAAUUUUCCUUCACAAAUUUUUAACAAAUCUUUUUCGUUUUUCUAUUGAAUUCUCCAGUAGCGGUUUGUGCGGGUAGUUAGUUUAGGUGGAAGAAGAAUGACAACUGGGUCUAAUUCUAAUCACAACCACCAUGACGAUGGUUCCGGUAGAAGCAAUAAUAAUAACAAUAACCCUAGUACUAGGUCUUGGGGCACGGCGGUUUCAGGUCAAUCUGUGUCUACUAGCGGCAGUAUGGGCUCUCCGUCUAGCCGGAGUGAGCAAACCAUCACCGUUGCUACAUCUGCUAGCGAUAGUACUUUUCUACGCAUGAACAAUUUGGAUAUUCAAGGUGAUGAUGCUGGUUCUCAAGGAGCUUCUGGCAUUAAGAAGAAGAAGAGGGGACAGCGUGCGGCUGGUCCAGAUAAGAGUGGAAGAGGACUACGUCAAUUUAGCAUGAAAGUUUGUGAAAAGGUGGAAAGCAAAGGAAGGACAACUUACAAUGAAGUUGCGGACGAGCUUGUUGCUGAAUUUGCACUUCCAAAUAACGAUGGAACAUCCCCUGAUCAGCAACAGUAUGAUGAGAAGAACAUAAGACGAAGAGUAUAUGAUGCUUUAAACGUCCUCAUGGCUAUGGAUAUAAUAUCCAAGGAUAAAAAAGAGAUUCAAUGGAGAGGUCUUCCUCGAACAAGUUUAAGCGACAUUGAAGAAUUAAAGAACGAACGGCUCUCACUUAGGAACAGAAUUGAGAAGAAAACUGCAUAUUCCCAAGAACUGGAAGAACAAUAUGUAGGCCUUCAGAAUCUGAUUCAGAGAAAUGAGCACUUAUAUAGCUCAGGAAAUGCUCCCAGUGGUGGUGUUGCUCUUCCUUUUAUCCUUGUCCAGACUCGUCCUCAUGCGACAGUAGAAGUGGAAAUAUCAGAAGAUAUGCAGCUUGUGCAUUUUGAUUUCAACAGCACUCCAUUCGAGCUCCACGACGACAAUUUUGUCCUCAAGACUAUGAAGUUUUGUGAUCAACCGCCGCAACAACCAAACGGUCACAACAACAGCCAGGUGGUUUCUCACAAUUUCAUGCCAGAAAACCCUAACGAAGGCCCCAGCACAGGUCCAGCGCCGCAGGCGGAUAUGUACCAGUCUCAUCUCCAACCGCAACAACAUGAGCAGCAUUCUCAGCUACAAAUCAUUCCUACACCGGAGACUAACAACGUUGCUUCCGCCGCUGAUACUGCUCCAGUGAAAUCACCGUCGCUCCCAGGGAUAAUGAACUCCAGCGUGAAGCCGGAGAAUUGAAACACGUAUGAAGACCCUUUGUACAAUUUUUGUAAAACUGUAAAGUAGUCUUGAAAAACUUGACCUGGUUUUUUUGACGAAUAGCCGGUUUAGCGGUAAAUGUACCGGUGGUGGUUUAUCGAAUCUAGGAUCGUACUCGGGUUUAGCGAUUGUAAGAAUCUUUGCCAUAGGAUAAACACACUUUGCUCUAUGGUGUAGAAAUGAAUUUUAUUAACCGUU